UACACUCCUGAGCUCCUCCGCAGCGAAUCUACGCACCUCUGGCAAUACCACAACAACAGGCUGCCCUGGGACAUCGUGCCUGGGCCAUUGGGAUAGGUGUGGUGAGUCUCGGGGUGGCAUCGAUCGGUGCUGUCGCCAGGCCAGGUGUCGACAGCUCUUCAAGUGCAGCAGCGGGAGGACAAAGCAUUAUUAUUAUUGUCCCUCGUCUUCUCUCGUAUCCACAUCUCACGCUCACGCCUCGCUGCAAGGGUGGCAUGUGAAGCACCGAGCACAGCGCCGACUGAGCCCACUUCCCUCCUCAGUGCAUCAUUACUGGCACACUACGGGCGAGCGACGGCUGGGCUGGCCUGGGCUGGGCUGAUAAUCGCGCGAGACCUUUGCGAAGCACUGUAACGCUAUUCUAUCUUGAAUCUUCCAUCGCGCAUCCGCUGCGUGUCUCGGACUCGCGCCGAUCACUCUCUCUUAUCUGCACUGCACCGCGUCUGCUUCGCCAGAUCCAUACACAUACAGUCCAGCUGCUCGCAGCCCAAAAGCCCGCCAGACGCACGCCGCUCAUUCGCACGGCAGUGUGCAGCAAGCGCAUGCAGGAAUAUUGGCCUGCAGUCUCCAUCGCAGUCCCCCGGUCCCGACGCAGCGUAGAAUAGUCGACCUUGCGCCGGCGAGCAUACGACCGCACCGCACCGCACCGCACCGCACCGCACACAUACAUUCGACGCGUCUGCCCUCGACGCCGACACUGCCCGCUGUGUGUGUCCGCCGGUGUUGCGCUUGCUGCUGAUUGCUGCUGCGAGAAGCUGAAACACCACUCUCGACCCCGCAAAGACGCACGCACGCAGACAGCCGCAAACAGCAGCAACCAGCCUUCACCAUGUCUGCAGUCGCCGUUGCGAGGAAGCCCCUCCCCGCCCAGGGACAGAGACUGGCUCCUGCACAACACAACAAUGGCAAUGGCAAUGGCAAUACCAUGAAUAGCCAAUAUAACCACAGUCGGGCAAGAACCAAUUCCUCCACCGCUCUUGGCUUACAGAACGACUCUCGGCAACCGAGCAUAUCGCCGUCUUACAGCAUGACACAAUCGCAGUCACAAUAUCCUCAGCCUGGGCAGACCCGCCGCACCCUAUCAAAUGCCACCGGCUCCUCGACCUCAUCACAAAACUCCAACCUGCAAAGAGCGCCCACGAACAUGACCAAUGGCGUGCGUCGAUCCACCUCCUCUCGCAGCAACUCCUCCCUCUCGCCCACCUCGUAUGUCGCCCUCAUGCGGAAACAAAAGGCCACGGUGUGGUGCGAUAGAGCUCAACAUGAGGAUCCAAGAAUAUUGGCUGCGCAGCGCCAAGCAAAGAUGCGGGCUGCGGCCGAAGUGGCUGGUGGGCACAACUACGCUUCCACGGUACGCACAAGCACUAGCAGUUCGGGUGUUGUAGGCGGGGUGCGUAGCAAGAUCCGGCAUCACGGAGCUCCAAAGGCCAGUGCAUACAACGCUACGUUGAAGCCUGGUGCCGGCGUCCCGAUGCGGCUCAGUGCUUCUGAAGUGGACGACGGAAACACCAGUGAUGAUGACACCGGAGCUCGGUAUCACGUCCGAACUGGCAGUGGUCGGAGCAGUUUGGGGAGUGGCAGGAGAGGCCACAGCUUCCACGCUUCCGGGCUGAACAACUCAUACAGUAACGGCAACACGCCUCCUGGUGUCAGUCCAGUAGACAGUAUGGGUGAUCCAAUCGAGGAGGAAACGCCGAUGCCCAGGAACGAUGGCGUAGAGCUGGACUACUUCGGCAAGCCUAGUGGAAGCAGCGAAGAGGAGCAGUUCGGUCAAGUCGGCGGCCUCCCUUCGCGGAAAAUCACAGUCGAAGAACAAAUACAACAGCAGAAGAACAAUGCUGAUGACCUCAGGCGGAGAGGCAGUGUGGACGAGAGGACCAUGACCAUGUCUGGACCACGCUUGUUUGUUGCUAAUCCCGACUUGAGCGAUUGAGGUCGGGAAUGUGCAGUCACGGCACGCACACAAGAACAGAUUCGACAUGUUCGUCUUUGCUGCGCGGAUGGAUGCGUCCACACGCUGUCCGGCAUUUUGCCCACCAUUUAUUGCUUGCAUUUUUUCGUGAAGCGUUCAAUCGUUGGAUACCACAGAGAUACCAUUGUCUCGAGACAGUUUGAUUUAAGCUUCAAGCAUAGGCGAAUGCAUGCACCUUCCGUCCU